GCGGCGCGCGCGGAGAAGUUCUGGGCAAAGUACUGCGAACUGGCUGAGCGAUAGCAGCGCACGCGAGCCGGGAGGAACAAGGGGAGCCGAGAGCCAGGCGGCCAGUGCGCGGCGCGGCUUCUGGCCCGGGCGGCCGUAGGCGAAUAGCCGUCCCCGCCCCUGUCUCCUGCGGCUGGUGCGGGAACUAUAUCAGCUGUGCGUUGCUGGGGGACCGAAGAAGCCGGGUUUGCCUCCUCCCGCGUGUGUGGACGAACCCCGGAGCUAGGCGGCGUCCGCGGCGGCAGAGCGUGCAGGAUUUCCUCUGGGUCAUCCAAGAUGCUUUUAAAACAUAUUGGAUAAAAGCUGAGCCACCUGCUUGUGUCGGACUUCCAUACUCUCUGCUCCACUGUCUUCUAUGGCAUUUUGACUACAUCAAGGCCAAGGACCUGCUGUUCAUGAUGAGUGAUGAGAAGAGCCUUGGGGUGUCCCCAAAAUUGGUCUCACCUUCAAGGAGCACAAGUAGUUGCUCUUCCAAGCAGGGAAGUCGACAGGACAGCUGGGAAGUGGUGGAAGGACUGAGGGGAGAGAUGAAUUACACCCAGGAGCCACCAAUUCAGAAAGGAUUUUUGCUGAAAAAAAGGAAAUGGCCCUUGAAAGGCUGGCACAAGAGAUUCUUCUAUCUGGACAAAGGAAUCUUGAAAUAUGCCAAGAACCAAAGUGAUAUAGAGAGAGAGAAGCUGCAUGGCUGCAUUGACGUCGGGCUCUCGGUGAUGUCUGUGAAGAAGUCGUCAAAGUGCAUAGAUCUGGACACCGAGGAGCACAUUUACCAUCUGAAGGUAAAGUCAGAGGAAGUCUUUGAUGAGUGGGUAUCCAAACUUCGCCACCACAGAAUGUAUCGUCAGAAUGAAAUCGCCAUGUUUCCACACGAAGUUAAUCACUUUUUCCCAGGAUCUACUGUCACAGACUCUGGUUCUGGGGUCUUGGACACCAUUUCGAGUAGGAAGCGUAGCAGUAUAUCAAAGCAGAAUUCGUUUCAGACCGGAAGCAAUUUAUCAUUUUCUUGUGGUGGUGAGACUCGAGUUCCAUUAUGGUUACAGUCUUCAGAGGACAUGGAAAAAUGCUCUAAAGACCUGGCACACUGUCAAGCCUGCCUGGUGGAAAUGAGCCAGCUCCUGCAAAGUAUGGACGUCCUGCAUCGGACAUAUUCGGCUCCGGCUAUCAAUGUCCUCCAGGGUGGAGCUUUUGAAAGUCCCAAAAAGGAAAAAAGAUCACAUAGGAGAUGGCGGUCCAGAGCUGUUGGCAAAGACGCUAAAGGAACGCUGCAGGUCCCAAAACCUUUUUCUGGCCCAGUAAGACUGCAUUCCUCCAAUCCUAAUUUGUCAACACUAGAUUUUGGAGAAGAAAAAAAUUAUUCUGAUGGCUCUGAAACCUCAUCAGAGUUUUCUAAAAUGCAAGAAGAUCUGUGUCAUAUUGCCCAUAAAGCUUUUAACACCAUAUUAACGGAGAGAGAGAAACUGAAGCAGCUGAUGGAGCAGGAUGUCUCCGUCUCCCCCUCUGCCCAGGUCCUUGGUCUGAAGCACGCCCUGUCAUCUGCCCUAGCACAAAACACAGAUCUUAAAGAACGCUUAUGCAGAAUCCAUGCUGAGUCUCUGCUCCUCGACCUCCCAGUUGCUGCCAAGUCGGGUGAUGGUCUGGCAGAGGAAAACUCCAGAGAUGACAAUCGAGCUCUGGUCCAUCAGCUUUCCAACGAAAGCAGGCUCUCCAUCACUGACUCUCUUUCAGAGUUUUUUGAUGCACAGGAAGUUCUGUUGUCUCCAAGCUCUUCAGAAAAUGAGAUUUCUGAAGAUGAUUCAUAUGUCAGUGACAUAAGUGACAACCUUUCCUUAGAUAAUCUCAGUAAUGAUUUAGAUAAUGAGAGACAGACUUUGGGACCCAUUCUCCCAAGCGGAGGGGAAGCCAAGUCCAAAAGAAGAACGUGCUUGCCGGCCCCGUGCCCCAAGUCCGGUAACGUCAGCUUGUGGAACAUCCUGAGAACUAACAUCGGGAAGGACCUGUCUAAGGUGGCCAUGCCGGUGGAGCUCAAUGAGCCCCUCAACACGCUGCAGAGGCUGUGUGAGGAGCUGGAGUACAGCGAGCUCCUGGACAAGGCCGCCCGGACGCCCAGUGCCCUGGAGAGGAUGGUGUACGUGGCAGCCUUCGCCGUGUCCGCAUAUGCAUCUAGCUACUUCCGCGCUGGGAGCAAGCCCUUUAAUCCAGUUCUUGGAGAAACAUAUGAGUGUAUUCGUGAGGACAAGGGCUUCCAGUUUUUUUCAGAACAGGUCAGCCACCAUCCACCUAUUUCUGCAUGUCAUGCUGAGUCUGGAAAUUUUGUUUUCUGGCAAGACAUGAGAUGGAAGAACAAAUUCUGGGGCAAAUCCAUGGAAAUUGUUCCCAUUGGCACAACCCAUGUGACUCUGCCAGCUUUUGGAGAUCAUUUUGAGUGGAACAAAGUGACCUCUUGCGUCCAUAACAUCUUAAGUGGGCAGAGGUGGAUCGAACACUAUGGAGAGAUUGUUAUCAAGAACCUGAAUGAUGAUUCCUGCCACUGCAAAGUGAACUUUAUAAAGGCAAAAUACUGGAGCACUAAUGCCCAUGAGAUUGAAGGUACAGUAUUUGACAAGAGUGGAAAAGCAGUGCAUCGGCUAUUUGGGAAAUGGCAUGAGAGCAUCUACUGCGGUGGCUCCUCCUCAUCCACUUGUAUCUGGAGAGCGAAUCCCAUGCCAAAAGGCUAUGAGCAAUAUUAUGGCUUCACACAGUUUGCCCUGGAAUUGAAUGAAAUGGAUCCAUUGUUAAAGUCUUUAUUACCACCUACUGACACUCGAUUCAGGCCAGACCAAAGGUUUCUAGAAGAAGGGAGCUUAGAAGAGGCCGAAAUACAAAAGCAGAGGAUUGAACAGCUGCAGAGAGAAAGGCGGCGGGUCUUGGACGAAAAUAAGGUGGAGCACCAGCCUCGGUUUUUCAGGAAAUCCAGCGAUGACUCUUGGGUGAGCAGUGGCACCUAUUUGGAACUUAGGAAAGAUCUUGGUUUUUCCAAACUGGACCAUCCUGUCUUGUGGUAAAAGAGGAAAGAACGAUACAUCUUUGUACUUCUCCCGCGUUUGCUUUCUGAAGCCACAAACCUGUGUCUGUAUAUUUAAACAACAUUAUCUAGAACGAUCACUUGUGCUUCUUAGCUUAGUGUUGUAUUUAAGUAUAUAUUUUCUUCAGUAGGUUUCUUUACAAUUUCAAAUGUUAUCACAAUUGUUUAUAUGAAUGUAGAACACCUUGAUAUUUCUUUUUAUAUCUAAACUAUUUAAUAAAAAUGAAAGAUUGAAUGUUAACAUGUGGGUUAAAAAAGAAGCUUUAACACUAAUUUUCCAAAGGUUUGGAAAAUUCUAAUUAAAUUUAUGCCUUAUAAAAUUAUGUUGGAAAAAAAUCCAUCUUUCCCAAGUGCGUUAAGAAAGAAGAAUACAAAGGGUUACUCACCUGUGUGCAAGCUACCCAGGUUUAAUUUGGUAGCUCAGAUAUCUUUUUGCCUCAGACAGCUUUUGAAUUGCCCACACAGAACAAUUCUGCUGGUACUGGAGUCUGAAGAAUAUUUGCAUUUGCGUUUUAGUGCUUGGGGGAAUGGUAUACAAUUAGUGGGAUGUAUGUUUUUAUAUAAGAUGGAUAUGGCAGCUUCUCGAAGAGGAAGCAUUCGAACUCAUCCCUCCCUAUAGUUUCAUUGCCUUAUGUGCAAAAUUGUACCGUUACUCAGAAAAAUUGUUGAUAAUCUGAGAAACCCCUGUUAAUUAAAUGUCAAAAUGAAAUCCCAGGCGGACAGUAGGAAAUUUCUCCUUAGUGAGAGCUGAAUCCAUUACAAGUUAAGAAACUGUUUUCUGCUUCCCACCCCCCCUCUAGCCUCCUCCGCUGUUUGACCACAUCUCUGUUGACUAUGGAAUGUCCCAAUUUAGUGUAAAACAUAGGUGCGUUCAACAUGGCAGUUUGACUUGCCAAAAGUUUAGCAAAGUAACUGAUUGUUUUAAAUAAUUCAACGUGUUUUUCUUAAAUACUGUUUUGGUAUUUUCUACCUCUCAAUAAGCACCAUAUUUUAGAUCUUGUAUGAAAAGUUUGACCACCUGCCUUAUAGACAAAUGUAGAGAAUUGAUGUUCUUCCUUUGUGUUGUGUCCUGGUAAAGCUUUAAGUGUCUUAUCGCUUUCCUACGCUUCCUUCUUACUCAUAUCACCCUUUUGUGAGUUUUGCAGCAGUCUUGAAUAAUACAGAGUAUAACUACUAAAGGAGAAACUUCGCCUUUUUAAAUGUGUUAUUUCCAAUGACUAUAAUAGAAUUUGUGCAGUAGUUGAAUUGUGUGAUCAAAGCAAUUCUAACUUCUGCCCAGAUUACUUUAAAACCAAAGCCUAAGUUUGAAGCCUUUUCCUCUAAAGUCCAUGACGAUUUUAUGUUAAUAUCAAGUAAAUGG